AUGUCAUUGCCUUCUAAAAUAAAUAAAGAAAAUUUUCGACUAUUGGAUCUUUCUAGUGAUGAAGAAUCCGAAGACUUGCAGUUAGAAAUUAUACCAAACAGGAAAAAGAAAAUAACAAGGAAAGAGCGAAAUCGCACGGCUACACCAAAAGUUCCUGAAACAAACAUUGGGGCUGAAGUACAGUGUGCUCUGCGAUGGGCAGUACGAGGAACUUUACUACUGUGGCUUCUUAUGCUAACAUGGAUAUGCGCAGCGCUUUAUGAUCAAGUGUCAUCGAUGCGGAUAGAUAUAGCCAAAGUUUCAACGAGUAGCGACAGCGUAGGCGAUGCCCUUCAAGUUUGUCACACUGCGGCUAAAGAGCUCCGAGCAAACGCCACUGAUUUGAACGCUAGACUAAUAAGGUUGGAACGCGAACACAUGGAAUUGGUAAAGAGAAUGGAGCAGACUGCUGGCGAGUUAGCAGCAGUCUCCGACCAACUGUCGGCCGCGCCAAAGUUAGCGGACACGCCUCGGCGUUUAGCUGAGCUGCAACGCACUGUUGCUGACUUUGGUUCACAGAUAAACAGUUUUGACGGCGCAUUGGCCUCUGCCCGUAAGCAAGCGGUCACGGCCACGUCAGGAGUAGAGGAGGUCAAGACUUUGCUCCAUCAACUGGAACAGAGGACCAACGAGACCGUAGCGAAUGUAACUAGCAACGCAAAGACGGAGGACAACCUAAAGGAGCAGAUCGCUGCGCUAAAUGUCACGCUUAUCGGCAAAGUAAACGCGUUACAGACAAGGAUAGAGGAAAUGAAUAAGCCUGUAAGUACACUUGCCCCAGUAAACGUGACACCGUCCUCUAGUACCACAUCGAGCACCACAUCCUCAUCCACGAGCACCACUACACAGACCCCAGGUCCUCCAGUAAAGCCGUCAAUUUUGAGACCCUGA